AUGCAGCGCGACGUUUCCUCCACCUCGUCGUCUCCCCUCAGCGCUGCGUCUUCUCCGUCCAUGGCAGCAUCCGCACUCGCAUCCGACACGCUUUCUGCCGUGGAUGAGGUCUCGAUGCCCGCUACGCCACCCGACGUUGCCGACAUUGGUCGCGUGCAUGUCGUAGAUUCUGCAGCCGCAUCUGCGGCUGCUUCCGCGAAUAGCGCCAGUCCCAUCAAGCGACCCGAGCUGUUCCUCUCCCUGUCACGCUCCAGCCGCCCCAAGCUGGUACUCUCACCUACCGACAAGCUACGCUUCUCCGAGCACAUCCAAGAGAGCAAGAAACGGUUUGCCGAUGACACCGCCUACCUACCCAAGUCGACCAACAUGGGCCUCAGUGAUGUCGACGCUGCUGCUUUGCUGUCGGUCAACCCGUACAACUACGCGCGGCCCAACGCACUUGGCUGGGAGGACGAUGACGUUGACGUCGACCGCGGACGCGCCCGCGCCAUGGCCAAACCAGGCAAGACCGUCUUUAUGAAUGCUUUUCCCUGCAUCUUCGUCUCGAAUCUCUCCAAUUCGGUCGCCUUCUAUCAGAAGCUGAUCGGCUUUUCGCUCGUGGGCAAGCCAGCAUCACAUCAAGCUGUGAUGCGUCGUGGGCCCGCCGCUCGUCCGCCUCGAUCUGCGCAGCAGCAGUACUCGGCCAUCCCCUCAGCGGCGGAAGAGCAGGGCGUGCGUAUCGUGCUGCGCUACCUUCCUGCUGAAUGGGGCGAGCUCAAAGCGGAUGGCAAUGGUCCCCCACAGCUGCUGAUCGUGGUCAGCAACGUCGACGAGCUCUUCCAAGAGAUUGUGGCCAAGCAGCAGCAAUUCAAGCCCAACGGAAGAGAGUACUUCCCUGAAGUUUUCUGGGGCAAAGCGAAGCUGCUCGGCAAGCCACAGAACAAGCCCUGGGGCACUCGAGAGCUGCACGUGCUUGACCCGGAUGCGAAUAAGAUCAUCUUCUAUCAUGAGCUCAACUAA